AGUGAUUUUUCCAAGUGGAAAAUACAUCAAAAUUGCCGCGAUAUCACGCGCUGUUCCCUGCUGAGCUGUGCUUUCCGACCAGUCUAUCGGACCAGAAAAUCAGAAUCGAAGUUCUACCUUAUAAGUUAUUGCACCAAAAUACAGAAUACAAAGAUCAGGUGUAGUCCCGUCACAAUGUCAGUAAUGCGUGCGCUGAGCUUGCGUCUACAUAAGCAGUUCCACCAAGUACUUCCCAUGCGGGCGGCGAUAAUGGCAAUGAUGCGUCGUGAAACCCAUCACGACAGUACACGCCUGAUGAGCGGCGAACGCGAAGUGGUCGGCUAUGGCGUAAACGGCAAUCCCAUCUACAUCGAUUGCGUGGAGUUUCCGUUUCCGGCGAUUCGCUAUCGCGAGGUCACACCCGAGCUGUGCGCAGUGCGCGAAAAGGAGCUAGGCGACUGGAAUGCGUUGUCGCUCCAGGACAAUAAGCUCCUGUAUCGGCACAGCUUCUGUCAGACCUACGCCGAGUUUCAGCAUUUUACGCCCGACUGGAAGUUGGUCAUUGGCGUUGGUCUUUGGUCAGCCGCCGUUGGACUACUUAUUUCGUUGUCCUAUUACUUCAAGCUUUAUGACCCCGUGCCGGAAACGUAUGCCGAGGACCGGCGCCAGUCGCAACUGCGUCGCAUCAUUCAACUGCAGAUGAACCCCAUUACCGGACUGUCGUCCAAGUGGUGCUAACACUCCAACAAAUGGAAAUAAUUGGUGACCACAGAUCAAGCUGAUCCACUAAGUACACAGAAACAAAACCUCUCGAUAGCACAGUUGCAUGUUAGCACCAUAAAUCUAAAUUCCACGAAUCGCAAAUGCACAUACAUAGUUAACGCAGAGUCGAGAAGAGAAUUAAAAUCAAUCGCACAAAUAAUAGACAACCUUAAUCGCUUUCACAUGAACAUAAACACACAAAAUUGAUAAACCAAAAGAAAAUUGUCUUAAAAUAAACCCGUUUUAAGCUCGUUUUAUAGAAAUA